CCUCCUCGGUGCUAUUAUGAAGUUGUUAGCUAUCAUCAAACUAAAGCAGACACAUUUCGAGAAUUUGGACUUUUUUCACGUAUAAAGGGCAACAUGCAUUGAUACCAGACUUGAGAUUUAACGGAGACAUGUUACAUAAUCUUUGAAAAGUUUGGACCGAAGAGGAAUUACCGGGAAUUCUUCGUUGUGUUGUUAUCUUACUAGCUCGGUAGCUAGCUAAGUUAGCCAGAGACCUUACUGAAUUUAACUGGUUCAGCAGCCAGUUGAGCUUUGAUAGCUCCAUUUCCUGUUAUUAUUUUGUUUUUGUUGUUUUUAGUACUAGCUACCAAAACAGUCGUUUGGACAGUUUGGUGCCUCCUUAGGUUCCUGCCAUGGCUGACAGCAGCAUAGUGACUUUAGGGACAGCUCGGAGUCUGUUGGUGGAUUCUUCGGUCUAUGAUUCAAGGAUUGCUGAAACCACCAAGGACCAUGUAUUCCUGGGCAUGGCAUGUGAAGAUGGGGAAGAUAUGCUGCCAAAAGUGGAGACGAGGGUUGUUCUCGUGGGAGAAGCGUGCAGAAAUGGAGCGCUGGUCAAAGCACUACAGGCCAUCAGAGUAAUGGAGGUACCAGUGGUAAAGAUAAGAGAAGGCGAGGCGGGAAGCGAGGAGAAAAUGAUGAUAAAAUCUAUAGUCAAUAUGGACAUCAACACCCCGUGCAUAACGACAGAUAACGUCCAGGAGUUUGGAGACGAAGAGAACCCUGACUUUGAGACAGUGUUUGUCCUCGCAGACUUUGAUUCUCCUGACUACAGCUACCUCUACAAACGCGACAGCCGCAUUGUUGGGGCUCCUGUUGUGCUGCACUGUGCUGCAAAGGAAGAACCUCUACAGUUUUCAUGUCGCCCUCUCUAUUCCACCACCAUGCUUAACCUGUCACUGUGUUUCACUGGCUUCAGGAACAAAGAGGAAGUGAAGAACUUGGUGAACUUGGUUCAUCACAUGGGUGGGACCAUCCGGAAAGACUUCAGCACCAAGGUCACUCAUCUCAUCGCCUACUCCACUCAUGGGGAGAAAUACAGGCUGGCAGUGUGUCUGGGGACACCCAUCCUCACUCCAUCAUGGAUUCUGAAGGCAUGGGAGAGAAGAGAUGAUGUGUACUUCCACGCAGGAGAAGAGGAGUUUCGAACAGAGUUCAAAGUGCCUCCUUUCCAGGACUGCAUCCUCAGUUUUUUGGGUUUCUCAGAGGAAGAUAAGGCCAACAUGGAGGAGAGAACUCUUAAACAUGGUGGUGGUUACCGUGAGGUUGGAGAUGAGAGCUGUACACACAUGGUGGUGGAGGAGAACUCGGUAAAGGAGCUGCCAUUUUCUCCCUCCAAGAAACUCUUUGUGGUCAAACAGGAGUGGUUCUGGGGGAGCAUUCAGAUGGACGCUCGGGCUGGAGAGUCCAUGUACCUCUACGAGAAGAAUGACAGCCCUGCCAUGAAGAAGGCAGUGUCCCUCCUGUCCCUCGUAACGCCCAACAGUAACCGCAAGCGUCGGCGUCUGAGGGACACGCUGGCUCAGCUCACCAAGGAGACUGAGAUCUCCCCCUUCCCUCCACCGCGCAAAAGGCCGUCAGCGGAGCACUCCCUGUCCAUGGGUUCUCUGCUCGACAUCUCUAACACCCCUGAGACAUGCAAGGCCUUGGCAGAGAGUUCGAAGCCAUCCAGGAGUUCGACCCCAGUUGUGACCAAGCAGUCAGCCAGGUGGCAAGUCUCCAAGGAGCUCUACCAGACUGAGAGCAACUAUGUAGACAUUUUAAGCACCAUCCUACAGCUUUUCAAACAUCCGUUGGAUAAAGAGGGUCAGGUUGGUGGACCCAUCCUGGCCCAAGAGGAAAUUAAGACGAUAUUUGGCAGCAUCCCAGACAUCUACGAGGUUCACACCAGAAUAAAGCAUGACCUUGAGGAACUCCUGACAGACUGGCUCGAGGAAAGGAGUGUGGGAGACAUCAUUCUCAAAUAUUCUAAAGAGUUGGUGAAGGCCUACCCACCCUUUGUCAACUUUUUUGAAAUGAGCAAGGAGACUGUUGUUCGGUGUGAGAAACAAAAGCCACGCUUUCAUGCUUUUCUCAAGAUCAAUCAAUCUAAGCCAGAGUGUGGCAGGCAGACACUGGUGGAGCUGCUCAUCAGACCUGUACAGAGGCUGCCUAGUGUGGCUCUUCUUCUUAACGAUAUCAAGAAACAUACGGCCGAUGACAACCCUGAUAAGAUAACACUGGAGAAAGCAAUUGAUUCUCUGAAAGAAGUCAUGACUCACAUCAAUGAGGACAAGAGGAAGACCGAAGGCCAGAAGCAGAUCUUUGAUGUUGUAUAUGAAGUUGAUGGCUGUCCUGCCAACUUGCUGUCAUCCCAUCGUAGUCUGGUUCACCGAGUAGAAACAAUCGCCCUGGGAGACCAGCCAUGUGACCGUGGAGAACAUGUCACACUCUUCCUCUUCAAUGACUGCCUUGAGAUUGCAAGGAAGCGACACAAGGUGAUCAAUACGUUUAAGAGUCCACUGGGACAGACGAGACCACCGCCACCACUCAAACAUAUUGCACUGAUGCCGCUGUCCCAGAUUCGAAGAGUGCUGGAUCUGCAGGACACAGAGGAGUGUGUGAAUGCAUUCGCCUUGGUGGUUCGCCCCCCGACUGAACAGGAGAACUUGUUGUUCAGCUUCCAACUGGCCGGAGAGGAAACAGUUAAAAGCGCCUGGCUGCGAACACUUUGCCGCCAUGUUGCCAACACCAUCUGCAGGGCUGAUGCGGAGGACAUGAUUCAGUGUACAGACCCAGACUCACUACAGGUCAGCACCAAGGAUAUGGACAGCACCCUGAGCAAAGCCUCCAGGGCCAUUAAGAAGACCUCUAAAAAGGUGACGAGAGCGUUUUCUUUCACCAAGACCCCGAAGCGUGUGAUCCAGAGGGCGUUCAUGGCCAGCGGUACUCCAGAUGAGAAAAAUCAGAGGCUGAGUUACGAAAACCGCAUCAGCAGCAGCUCCACACUGGCUGCACACCAUUCCCCCUCCAUGGUCAAUCUGCCUUCUAUGUUUGAGAGGAAAUACCACACAUUCAGUCGUUCAACCACCCACCUCCUCUGAGACGCCGCCACUUGGGAGCACCUGCAGGGGUCGACCAAUCUUUCCACUUCCUUUGCCUUGACUGACGCUAAUAGCAAGAUCUGACUGGAACGGCCUAAGUGUACGAAGUAUGGCAAAGUAGUAUUUGUCCAUACUGGAGCCCUUGACAGACUUUCCAAAUCCAGUAGAAAUUGCAUUUAGCCGCAGAUGGAAAAAUGCACUGAAGCUAUGGACAUCAAUCUGAUAUGUGGCAGUAUCAGAAUUGUCCAGCUAACUGCUAAGUGCGCUCCCCAGCUGUAACUUCGCCCAAGUAGUAGGGUUACAGCAAUAAACCAGUUGUUCGUCAACCUGAAGCCUACCAUGUGACGUAUUCUGCUAAAAUUGGUCUGUGUGAGGGAGAACUUGCAAGAAAAACAAUACAAUUUUUGAUCCGACAAGGCAGUUUGAUCCAUCUUUCCAAACAUACACAAUGCUUGAAUUAAGACUGUAUCCAGGCACUAACUGGAACGGUACUACAUCAUGCCAGGGGCUACAGUCGUACCACUGGUUCUAGUAAGGUUUGCCUUACCCUUAAAAAUGAAGGAUGUUCUGCUUUUUGUCUGCAUUUGUUAAUAGAUUAUCUUGACAUGAUUCAUUGUUUUGUCAAUGUACUUUAUCAGACACUUGUUACAUUUUGUGUACACGGGUUGUCUGUUCAGGUUUCUGAUUUGUCCCCAUUGUUCAGUGAAGUGUUAACACUAAGUAUAGACCAAGUAAACAAUAUGACUCAUCCUCUGGUUUGAAUGGGGUCAUCAUGCUGUCCCAAAAUGUCCCUGAAUGCGUGUUUUAGUUCACUGUGCUUUGGUUAAGUAAAUUAUCAUUUAAUUUUGAUGUUGAGGUAUUUCUAUGAAGGUUACAGGCAAUAAAAGUAACAGGUAACAAAUGCAGAUUGCUAACCUCUUUGUGCUUUAUGUACUUGUAAAAAUUGACUUUUCUUGCCCUUUACUGUGUUUUUUAAUAAACUGACUUUUUGAGAGACCUUUAUAUUAACUGACAUUUAAUGUUGUUUUAUUGUAAUGGGAGUAGACUUAAUUUUCACCCAAUAUAAUAUGACUUAUUGUAAUUGACUCACCCUCUUAACCUAAACUUACGAUAGCUUCCAGCUUUUAUAAAGCUUCUAUUUUUAACAUUUAAGAGAUUCAAUUGAGAAGAAUAAAAGUGCUUAUGCUCUUAUGUCCUGUACGCCCGUCCACGUUUUAAAAGAGGCUUUUACAGUGUGUCUACAUUGUGUCUGUGUAUGUGUUCAAGAAGGGAUCCUGCUUCAGUGUACAUAUUUAUUCUUGAUGAAUUCAUUUUACCUGUUCUCUUUUUUUCUCUUGCUAUUUAUGUUUUUCACCACUUUUUAUUUGUCAUUUCGCUUAUGCUGUUUUCAUUGAGCUAUAAUCUUCUCUGGUUGUUUCAUCUCUGUAUUAAAUGCACUUAAACAUGUACCUGAAGAUUUGAGCUUUUUAUUUUACUCCUGUGUAUGUCUUUCAUCACCA